CGACUUGGAGAAAUUAUUUCCACAAUACGAAGCCCGCAUGAUGAAGCAUAUAGAAGAACUGAAGUCAAGCCACUGUGUUCUACUAGUCGCUGGUGAAAUGGGAUGCGGCAAGUCAAGCCUCGUCAAUCUCUUGCUUGGGGUGGACCUGAUGCCAACAAGUGAUCUCCAGUGUACAGCAGCAAUAGUCGAAAUCAGCUAUGGGUCAUCUCCACAAGCCAUUGUGCAUUUCCGACCUGAUGAAUCUGGUAGGACAAAACCGCCAGCUACGGUAUGUCUGUCUUUUGACAACAGUGUAGACACAUUUCUGGAACGUAUUCAGUCACUGGUCGCAAGAAGAGACGAAGACACCGAUGAGAGCCCAUUUCAGAAAAUUCAGCUGUUGUGGCCUAUAGAGAUGUUGCAGGGUGGUGUGACCAUCGUAGACAGCCCUGGGGUUGGUGGGGCAGAUGGCCUUCCUGAUGUUUUGUCAAGUUACCUGAAGAACGCCUUUGGUUUUAUCUACGUCAUUGAUAUCACAGUUGGUAUUCACCUACACAGGCUAGGGCAGCUGCUUUUGAAAGUAAUAGAAGCUAACGAGGGUUACGAUCACAGUACCACCCUGUUUGUCUGCAGUCACUGGGAUCAGGUCCAGCCACAAGAUGCUGAGCGUGUGAUGAAAACCACAAGAACUAAACUGGACAUGUUUCUACCGCCAGACAGUAAAGUACAGCUCUACCCAAUCUCAGUCAAGCAGUCUGCAAAGGAUAUUAAAUACGGACUGAUUUCCAAAGAGCAUAAAGACCUGGUGGAGGGAAUCAGAAAUUUCUUGCCACAGACUAUGAGAGGCAAGCUGAGGAUAUAUUACAGAUAUCUAUCUAGUUUGCUAAAAAAGGUAAUACUAUCUCUUCGAAUAACACACGACAUCAGGAGAGAAGCAGUAGAGAAAAUACGCAAGCAGUACAUCGAAGUGGAAAAACGACUGAAAAUUCUACAAAAGAGUCCAAAACAGCAAUUAGACAGGAUAAAACACAGAGUGCAAACAUCAAGUGUUUCUGCCAGCAAGGAGAUUUUGGCAUAUCUGGGUUCGAUUACAAGACUGUCACAAUGGAAUCUCUUGGAAUGCCCACAAAGAGAAAGAUCUUGGUCAAAUAUAGCGAGGAAUGCAAAUGCCGCAAUCGCAGAACGGGUGGCUGUGGCGAUAAACACAUGGGAAAAACAGCAUGAUUUUGUGAAAACAGUAGACGUUGACCUCAUCAAGCUCUUCAAAGAUCAGUUUCAAUUAUUUGAUGAACAGCUUGAAGAAAUUCAAGAUUUCUUAUUUUUUCCACUACUCUCUUCCAAUAGCACCAUGUCUCAUCACAUUGGUGCAGCCGUUGUUUCAUCUUUCAACCUUGACUCUAAACACUCAAAAGUCAAAGAGCUGUUCAAAUACAAAUAUGCUGCCAACCCACCAGAGGCAAUGAAGGAAGCAACCAGCAUGUACCUAAGCUUGAUGCAUGAACAGUCAAUUGCUGGAGCAAUGAGCAGCUAUUUUGAUAGGCACCUCAAAGGAAUAGACCACGUUGGAUCGAUGUUGCCUGAGAUGGUGAAGAAUGACAAAGACUUACUGGUAAAACUCAGUGAGGAUUUACAACGAGGAGAGAUCCGACUAUUUCAGAUACCUGAGAAAGAAAGAAAGUUCAGUCUGAUUCAAGCAGAGUUGGAUAUGUUCUAUGUUCAGCGACUUAUUGCUCCAGACUUUGUCCAAGAACAAAUCAUUUAUGAAGAAUGUAUAGGAUCUGGCUGUUUUGCAAAUGUGUACAAAGGGACUCUUCGGCAAGGACAAGUUGAAGAGCCAGUUGCCUUGAAAGUACCUAAAACGAGGCUGACACGCGAAGAAGUCACAGAUGUUCUUCUGGAAGAGUUCAUGCUUCGCGACCUGAAACACAGGAACAUCAUCCGAUACUUUGGCUUGACUAAACAAGGCGCAGAUGACGAUCUGAGAUUGAUCUUUGUCAUGGAGUACUGUCCCUUUACUUUGAAGGAGAAAUGCAUCGAUGUAGAACACUCACCCAGCAGCCUUGGAAGAAAUCCUCUGCUCCAAAGGGAACACAAAGAAGCAGUGGCGACCAUGACUAGAUAUGUCAAACAGAUCUGCAAUGGUCUCACCUACUUGCACAGCAAAUCAAUUGUGCACCGGGAUCUGAAACCAGAGAAUAUACUACUAAAUAUCCAAGAUGUGGCAAAGAUAGCAGAUCUUGGUCUUGCAAAGAAGGUGAAAGAAUUAGAACUAGAGGCUUCUGGAACGCCAAUCUUCAUGGCUCCUGAGGCGUUGUUACAAACUGACAAAAGUAACACGAAAGUUGAUAUUUACAGUUUCGGCAUGAUCAUGUGGCAGUUGUGGUAUGGGAAAGAUCUGGUAACAUAUGCCUCCUCGGAGAUUACAGAAAAAUUACAGACUGCAAUGUUAGGUGGCUGGCGACCGAGUCUAUCAAUGGUGCACCCCCCUACCACAUUCUGGGCUGACCUGAUAAAACAGUGCUGGAACCAGGAUCCAAAACUGCGCCCCAGUGGGCCAGAGAUUAGCAGGAGACUUGAUAAAUACGAGCCAGAACUUGAAGAUUAG